UCACUGUGGUCGCUUGCCUCCUACUGAGACCACGACUGGAUGACCGGGGGGGUUCUCGACCUGCAGGGGAUAGCUGCUACCCUGGGUGGAUCUUCAUUUUGAUCUGCACUCUAAUUGACCCAAAUAAAGAGCGCUAACAGAGCCCGCGGGCCUGGAAGGGACGGGCCUGUACAGUAGCAAGUCAAAGGCGCAGUGAGACGGCAAUUUGCUUUUCCUUGGAAAAUCCCAUUUGCUAUUGUGCUCGUCCAAUCACUGGAUGGCCUCCAGUGCUCGUUAAGCGUGACUGGACGUUCACUGUACUACUGCUGUCGUCUCUGCCUGCACCCCAGUGACUCGGUUUUUUUUUCUUUCCCAGGCAGCACAGAGCAAAGCAGCGAUGCUCCAUGCUUGGAUUUUUGCAAGCUUUAACGCGUGAUUUUGACAAGAAAUCCACAAAAUAUGCAGAAAAAGCUGACGGAUAACAGGACUCUCCCAACAUCAUCGAAGGCGUCGUCUUUUUUCAUAGAGAAUCUACUCGCAUCGGGGCCAUAUGGCCGGGAUUUUAUGUCCGAAAACAGUCGAGGGAUUGCGGCUGUGCGCGCAGACUCCACCAGCCUGGUCUCGGAAACACAGCCCGGUAGCUCCGGUUCAGCUUCGUCCCCACGUAGAGAGCCGCUGGUGGGCUGGUACACCCGCAACACUGCUGCGACUCCCGGAGCUUUGGCUGCACCAGGCAGUCCAAAUGACAACACAAGAUCUGAGGACAACUGCUGCUCCGGAUCCAGCAGCGACAGAAGUUCCCCUGCCGUAUCAGAGCCCAUAACAGACGACAGCGACGAAACCGAAAGGAAAAUGAUUGACAGCAACCUGUUAGACGACACGGACGAGGCUCCGAGUGGCUUCGACGCGCGCUCUGACGCAUCCUCGGAGCCGAACCCGACACGGAAGAAGAAGACUCGGACUGUGUUCAGCCGCAGUCAGGUGUUUCAAUUGGAGUCCACCUUCGACGUGAAACGCUACCUGAGCAGCUCGGAGAGGGCGGGGCUGGCCGCGUCCCUUCACCUGACAGAGACCCAGGUCAAGAUCUGGUUCCAGAACCGCAGGAACAAAUGGAAACGACAGCUGGCGGCGGACCUUGAGGCUGUGCAUAUUCCAAACCAGCGAGUUGUCAGGGUCCCGGUUCUGUAUCACGACGGAACCGGAACCAGUACUGCAUUGGCUUUUAACUUGAACGGACAUGAGAUGUUCUCCAACUCCAUCUCGUACCCUCUGUCCUCCUUGGCGCACUCCAUGAGCAUACUGAGAUCGCAGAUGAGCGGCCUGGUGUAAACACACAACUAGUUUCAAUCUGGUUUUAUGUACAGUGCAGUAAUACACAAGUGUGGAUGGCAUCCAAAGAAAUAAUGAGUCAUUUUUUUUGCAGUGUUUGUAUAUAUACUUACAGUAUUAUACUUACAGUGUAUAUAUACUUACAGUAUUAUACUUACAGUGUAUAUAUACUUACAGUAACGAGUGUUUGCUAUUGUCAGCACAUAUAGUUUUAUUAGUACACGCUCUCUGUGUACUAUUUGAACACAUCUAUUUUUGUCUCCAAACUUUUAUAUAAA